AUCUUGGAUUAAUCAGUAUCUGUCGCCCAGUUGGAGAUAUAAUGCAAUCGCUGCCAUGUGCCCGCUAAUUGCCAAGCUGCUGAGACGCAUCGAUAACGGCUAAGAGACAGAGAUUCCCCCUAAACAAAACUCAUUGAGAGAAUCCCAGAAAGAGAGACAGAGAGAGAGAGAAAGAUAAGGAAAGAAAGUAAGAGAGAGAGUAAGAAAAUAUAUAGAGGAGAGUCACACACAAAGUAUUUGCAAGUAUGAAGUGCCUCUAUUUGAGCACUCUGCUCUGCCUGUGGUUCAGCUCUGGCGGCAGCCUCAAGCUUUAUGGCCUGCACACCGAUGAGCUGCUCGAGGGCGAGGGACAGCUGGUGGUGCCACGGCGUGUGCACGCCGAUGGUGCAUUCAUGACACACACACUCGUCUAUGCCCACGAUCGGGAUCAUCGGCGGCAUCGUCGCAGCACUGACCAUCAGCAUCAGCAGCCAGAGCUGCAUUUCGAGCUGCCGCUGGCCAACGAGACGUUGCAUCUGGAGCUGACGCCAAAUAGCUAUUUCCUGGCGCCGCAUCUCAUUGUGGAGCGUCAUCGUCGCGAUCUGAGAACUCGUGCGCCUCCAGCAGCGCAUCAGCUCAAUUGCCAUUUCCAUGGCAAGGUGCGUGGCCAGCCGUCGGCCAACGUCGCCAUAUCCACCUGCUCCGGUCUGGUGGGACAUGUGAAGACGGCCAGCAAUGAGUAUUAUAUAGAGCCGUCCAAGCAGUAUGCGGCACAUCCUAUCAAUGGGCAUCCACAUGUGGUGUUCCAGCGCUCCUCGGUGAUGCCCAAGCAAAAGGCGACACAACAACGACGUCGCCACAAGCGAAAGCGUAAGGAACAGCGCCAAAAGGGUCACAUCAGCAAUUGUGGCACACGCGAGCCACGACGACGCAUGGAGACGCGUCUCGAGUGGCAGUCACGUGGCAAGUUUAAGAUACAAGGUGGUCGCAAAGUGCGUCGCCAUCAUCAGCAUCAUCAGCAUCAUCAGCAGCAACAGCAGCAGCAGCAGCAUACGCAACAUCAUUUGCCUGCACGUCAUCAUCAUUACCAUCAGCAGCCACACACAAAGUUCAAGUACGACACACAGCCCGAGGAGCCACAGACGGGGCCACGCAGCAGACGCUCGAUUAGCAGUCCCCGGCAUGUGGAGACACUGAUUGUGGCCGAUGCCACAAUGUCGGCAUUUCACAAGGAUGUCGUCAAAUAUCUGCUGACCAUUAUGAAUAUGGUGUCUGCUCUGUAUAAGGAUCCCAGCAUUGGAAAUGCCAUCGAAAUUGUUGUGGUCAAGAUUAUCGAACUGCAGGAGAACGAUACGGCACCCGAACUAAAUUUAACCCAGAAUGCGCAAAAGAAUCUCGAUCGAUUCUGCAGCUGGCAGCACAAGCAGAACUCGGCCAACGAGAAUGAUCCGAAUCAUCAUGAUGUUGCCAUACUGAUCACGCGCAAAAACAUUUGCGGCAACAAUUGCAUGACUCUGGGACUGGCGAAUGUGGGCGGCAUGUGCAAGCCGAGGCAAUCGUGCAGCGUCAACGAGGACAACGGCAUCAUGCUCUCCCACACGAUCACGCACGAAUUGGGGCACAACUUUGGCAUGUUCCACGACACUGCAAAAAUCGGCUGCCAUCCGCGAGUGGGCUCCAUAGUGCACAUCAUGACGCCGACCUUUGGGGCGGACACGCUGCAAGUUUGCUGGUCGAACUGCAGUCGCAAGUACAUCACACACUUUUUGGACCAGGGAUUGGGCGAAUGUCUGGACGAUUCGCCGACCACGAUUAAGGAAUACAAUUAUCCGGAGACGCUGCCGGGUGAGGCAUACAACGCCAAGCGGCAGUGCCGCAUGCAAUUCAACCUGACCACAGAUAGCGAUGUGGGCGCCUGCUCAUCGCCACAUGAGUUCUGCUCGACGCUGUGGUGUCGCGUCAAUGGCGAAUGUGUGACAAACAUGCGACCCACGGCCCCGGGCACCACGUGUGGCAAGAACAAAUGGUGCCAGAAUGGCAAAUGUGUGCGCAUGGAGGAGCUGACGCCCAUCAACGGGGGCUGGGGCAAUUGGAGCGAGUGGAGCGAAUGUUCGCGCAGCUGCGGCGGUGGCGUCUCCACGCAGCAGCGCGAAUGCGAUUCACCAUUGCCCGCCAAUGGCGGCGUCUUCUGCAUUGGUGAGCGCAAGCGCUACAAAAUCUGUCGCAAGCGGCCGUGUCCCGAACACGAGCCCAGCUUCCGGGCCCAGCAGUGUGCGCGCUACGACAAUGUCAGCUAUCAGGGUGCCACCUACAAGUGGCUGCCCUUCUUCGAUAAGAACAAUCCCUGUCGACUGUUCUGCAGCGAUGUGGAUGACACAAUCAUCGCCAACUGGGGCGAAACGGUGCUCGAUGGAACUCCCUGCACGCUGGGCACGAAUAACAUGUGCAUCGAUGGCAUCUGCAAGAAAGUUGGUUGCGAUUGGAUCGUUGACUCGGACAUGCAGGACGAUCGUUGCGGUGUCUGUGGCGGUGCUGGUGAUCAAUGCAAGCCCAUAAAGGAAACCUUCAUCGAACCCUUCAAUGUCAGUGACGGUGUCUACGUUGAUAUCGUCAGCAUCCCAGCGCGUGCUCGUCACAUACUCAUCCGAGAGUUGGGUAAUUCACCUCAUUUCCUUGCCAUCGGACGGGGUGGAUCGGGUGCGUUCUAUUUGAAUGGCGACAGCUUGAUCUCGAUGCCAGGGGAAUUGGAAAUUGCCGGCGUCGAGAGUCUCUACGAUCGCCAGGAUGAACAGGAGACUAUCAAAAUACCUCAGCCCAUACAGCAUUCCAUAGUGCUAUACGCGAUCGUGCGCGGCAAUGAGAGCAAUCCGGGCAUCUACUAUGAGUUCACAUUGCCCGCCAUGAAUGUGAGCGCUGGGCGACAGCAUCAGUGGCGUCUCAGCAACUGGACAGCCUGCUCCGUCAGCUGUGGCGGCGGUGUUCAGCAUCGUGAGCCCAUUUGCCAUGAGAAUGGUAAAGUGUUGUCUGAUAAGUUGCCUUGCUGGACGCAUGCGAAGAACAAACGUCCGUUGCGACAGACCCGUGCCUGUGGCGAGCAACAGUGUCCGGCUCACUGGUGGCCCGGACCUUGGCAAUUCUGCCCGGUUACUUGUAGGCAACCGGGUGCUCCGAUGCCCCAGCGACGUCGCUCCGUUGUCUGUCUCGAUCAGCACGAUGUCGUUGUGACGGAUGCCCAAUGCAGCGCGCUGCCUCGGUUGCCCGAAACGGAGCCCUGCGAGGCUACGCUGCCCGAGUGCAGAGCAAAGCCCUGAGGCCAAACAGGAGAUGGAAACUAUUUAUUUGCUACUAAUAAAUCUAAAGCUAAUGUAAGUGAGAGCUGCAAAUACUAAAUCCCAGUUAGACAGUCAAGCUACAUAAUUUAUUAUACAAUUCGGUUCAAUUUGUGCCGUGGCGCCAUCUAGCGUUCAGACAUGGCAUGCAAAUUAUGUAAGCCCCUUAAUUCUAGUUUGUAAUAUUGUAAUAUUGUAUUGUACGUAUGUGAACUCAGUUCUUGGUAAAUUUCCGCAAUAUUCUUUCAUUGAUUGUAAUGAUGUUUGUUUUUUUUUUCGAAAAUCGAUCAGUGAAACUAUUGGCAUAAAAUGCUUUCGAUCUGUCCAUUAUAAACUUGAUUUCCUUGCUCUUGAUUAUGUGCAAUGUCCAGAACAUAUUUAAUAAACAAAACUAAUUUCAUACCAUGAUUAGUAGAAAAUUUUUAAAAAUAUAUAUAAAAUGACAAAAAAGAAAAGAAUGCCUAAAAAUUUGCACUUAAAUGAAAUACCUGACAAAAGUAUUGUUGAUCAACGUUUAAUAUACAUAUAUAUUUUUUUUAUAAAUAAUUUUCGAAAAAGCUAACUAUUCUAAUAGUUAUACAGUUAACUUUGGGCACAUGAGCGUAUGAACAUAUCGUGCUUAAAGCGAUACAUUUACAUUUGAUAUAUCUAAUUCGAUCCGAAUGCAUGCCGGGCAUAUAACAAAUUGUA